CGGGACUUUACGGGAAGUGCAGAUUGCAGCCGAGAGCUUGCUUUGGUGUCGCAAACGGCAAUUCCCAGCAUGCUGUGCGCGCUUUGCGUCUUGUGGCCGUGUUAGCGCUCGGCUCUCCACAGAGUCUGCGCCGUGCUAGGAGGAAGCAACGAGCAGUUUGAGACCCCUCUUCUACAUGAGUUAACUGCUCAGAAGUUUCUUUUUCUGACUCGGUUGAAGAUCACACUAAAGGGACUGCUUGGCAUUUGAAACAUGUCCAAAAACAAGUCAAAAUCAAGGUCGGGUUCAUCCCGCUCCGUAUCGCGUUCAAGAUCUCGUUCAUUCUCUAAGUCUAGGUCCCGUUCCAGGUCUCUCUCUCACUCUCGCAAACGGAGGCAUAGUUCACGAUCACGCUCAAGGUCCUACUCACCUGGGUAUAACAGAGAUAGGAACCAUCCACGAGUUUACCAAAAUCGUGACUUUCGUGGUCACAAUAGAGGAUAUCGAAGACCAUACUAUUUCCGGGGGCGUGGUAGAGGUUUCUAUCCACGUGGUCAGCAUAAUCGUGGCGGGUAUAUAAACUACCGCCCCAACUGGCAAAAUUACAACCGCCAACCGUAUAGCCCUCGCAGGGCCCGAUCUCGUUCACGUUCUCCAAAGAGGAGAUCCGUGUCCCCUCGGUCCAGGAGCCAUUCAAGAAAUUCAGACAAGUCCUCAUCUGAUCGUUCUCGGAGAUCUUCAUCUUCUAGGUCGUCCUCCAAUCACAGCAGAGUGGAAACUAGACGUAAAUCAAAAAAGGAUAAGAAGAGUCACUCAAAGGAUCAAAGAUCCUCUGCUCAGGUAACAGAUGACGAAUCAAAGGAGCAGUCAACAUCUGGCGGAGCAGAUCCUGGUAGCAAAGAGGGAAGUAAAUCCUGGCAGGACAUUGAAGCUUAUGAUGAAAGCCCUGCAACUCAACACAGUCCUUCAGAACGUGCACCCACACUUAAAAGCUCUGUACAGUCUGUGGUGGUUCGACGCUGUUCUCCUAGACCAAGUCCUGGGCAGAAGCCUAGUCCACCUUCACCAACUGGUUUACAGAGUAGCAGUUCCUUCAGGGCAUCUUCUCGUCAAAGCCCAUUUGAGCAUAGCUUGAGUCCACCAAGGAAGAGUCCUUUGACAAAGAGCCCUCCCUCAAUGAGUUCGCUUUACGGCAGUAGCCAGAAGGAAGAGGGCAGAUCUGGAGAGAUGACUGCACCAGUGGGAACUGGAUAUAAAAGAUUCAUGGAGGAACAGAAAAAUAAGGCAUUGGAGCUGGAGAAAGAGAAUGGAAAGGAAAAGCUGAAGGAUCGUAGCAGCCCUACCGAUUUUGCGAUGAGUGAGCUUGAGAGGGCUUAUAAAAAGAGCAUGUCCCCUAAACGCUAUAAAAUGCGCGAGGAGCUGGAGAAAUUGAAAUUGGCUGAAUUGCGAUAUGCAAAAGAGGAGGCAGAACAUGAGAAAAAGAGCCGAGCAAGGAAAGACUCUGAUAGUGAUUCCAAGAGUCAAGAUCCAUAUGAUCCAGCCAAAUGGGAAGAGUUGUCUUUCAUUCCAAGCACUAAGGAAAAACGCAAAAAGUCAGAGGAUCUGGAGGAUGAGCUGUAUGCAGAAAAAUCCAAGAAAGAGGAAAAGGCCUCAAAGUUUGCUCAUAAAGGGUUUCUCCCUGAAAAAAAUUUUAAGGUUACAAGUUUCAAGGCAUCAAAAGAAAGGAGUGAAUCUCCUCCACCAAGGAAAUCCUCAGAAAGCAGGGAGAAACAGUUAUCCAAGGAAGACCUGUCUCUUUCUAAAUCAAAUUUCUCUGUUAGCAGAGAAACGGGUCCUAGUGUCCGCUUAGAUUCGUUUGAUGAGGAUCUUGCACGUCCGAGCGGAGUAAUGACUCAUGAGCGAAAACUGUCUCGAGACCUUGUUCACAGCAACAAGAAAGAUCAGGAGUUCAAGUCAAUAUUCCAGCACAUCCAUUCUGCGCAAUCUCAACGCAGCCCAUCCGAGUUGUUUGCCCAACACAUUGUGACCAUUGUGCAUCAUGUUAAAGAGCACCAUUUUGGUCCCUCAACAAUGACCCUGAGUGAGCGUUUCUCCUCUUAUUCAAAGAAAGUAAAAGAACAGGAACCGUCAAAAAGCCGAAAGAGUCCAGAAAUUCACAGGAGAAUUGACAUUUCUCCUAGUGCUUUUAGAAAACAUGGGAUUUUGCAGGAGGAAGGCAAACAAACAAAAGAAGGAAGCCACAAGGGAGAGGGAAAAUACAAAGAGGAGCCCUCAGAUCUGCGGCAGGACAUUGAACGCCGCAAAAAACAUAAGGACAAGCGUGACCAUUCCCGUGACUCUGGGGAUUCCAGAGAUUCAAGCCGAUCCAGGGAGAGGUCAUCUGAGAAACCAGAGAAGCCCAAGAAGUCAUCCAAAAAACACAAGAAACAUAGGAAAGUGCGUGAGCGUUCCCGCUCUUCCUCCUCCUCUUCACAUUCCUCCCAUUCUGUGCGGGCAGCGGGUACUGAUGAAUUCCCUACUGAGAAUGAAGACAAGGAUGAAAAUUCCUCAAACUUUGAAAAGGCACGUUUAGGAAACAAGGAAUACCAAGGAACUAGUGACCGAGGACGAGCUCGAGGAACCUUUCAAUACAGAGCAAGAGGUACACGGCCAUGGAACAGCAGGGGGUCCUAUUCAGGAAACAACAAUAACAACAACAAUGACUUUCAGAAACGCAACCGGGAUGAAGAAUGGGAUCCAGAAUACACCCCUAAAAGCAAGAAGUAUUACUUGCACGACGACCGGGAAGGGGAAAACGAGGAAAAAUGGGUGAAUCGCGGGAGAGGCCGCGCCAAUUUCACUCGUGGAAGGGGGAGGUUCUUGUUUCGAAAACCGGGCGCCAGCCCAAAGUGGUCUCACGACAAGUUCAGCGGGGAGGAGGGAGAAAUUGAGGAAGACGAGAGUGGAGCAGAAAAUAAAGAUGAGAAAGGCAGCUUAUCACUGGAUUAGACUGAUUUAAGUUGCUAAUUAAGGGGAGACACUUUCCUAUCAUUCUGUGAUGCGGUUUGUCCUGAUAUGAAGACACCCUUUCCACGGACAGCUUUUCUUUAUUAAAAGAUCUUUGAUUUUAUAUUUCAGCUUCUAUAAUUAUUCCUUUUUUCCCUUAAAUCCAUUUGUAAACGUGUAGGGACUACCAUCUUCUUGGGUAUUGAUAUACUGCUGCCAUCCACCAUACUUGUGUAUUUGAUAUGAUCCUACAAUAUGAACUUGUCUUUGUACGUGACUUUAAUCAGCCAUCCCUAAGCAUUUUUUUUUAUUUUUCUCUUCCAGAAUGGUUUGGGGUUUUUUUCUUCGUUUUUUUUUUUUAAUUAUCUGUACCUGUUUUAGGAUUUCCAUAGUAAUACCAGAUACUAAAGCUGUGGUAUUCUUUUUAGAAAUACUUUCAAAGUUUUUUUCCUUGGGUAGGAAAAGGGCAUGCUGAAUAAAUGAUAAAUGGGUACACAAAAA